GUGCGUGCUGAGUGCAGUUGAGAUUCGUGUUUUAAUUUAAAAAUCAAAGUGCUAUCAAAAUGAAAUGUGUUAUGUUUAUAUAUAUUUUAUUUAUAAGCCUAAUACUGAUCAUAGCUGAAGCAGAGUUUAACGAAAAUAAGUCUUGUUCGGCGACCAGAAUAGCAGAGGAGGAAUGUGGACAGUACACCUAUAAGGCAGUGAGACCAUUGUUAAAGUAUAUACAUCAGAUGAAGGAGGAAAUUGAAAACAAUAACAAUAAAGUUGAAAGCAAAGACAAAGAAAUCAAACAACUGCAGGAACAACUGAGCCAACAUAAUCAAUUUAUCAUCGAGGCACUUAAAGAGCUAACCAAGAACGUUUUAUCAAUAAAAGAGGAAAUGGGUAAACUCGAUCCCAAUUGCUUGAAAAUCCAGGACCACGAGGAGCAGCUGGACACACAAAAGAAGCUAAUUGAUCAAAAGGACAAACAAAUAUCCGAAAUCAAAAACAUUUACAGUGACUGUACCGACAUUGCUGAUGCACCGGGUAUUCAUAUGAUUAAACCGGAUCACGAAUAUCCGUUCAAUGUACUUUGUGAUAGUGCGACAGCAGGUCCUGGCUGGACGGUUAUCCAACAGCGAAUCCAUGGCAAAGAGGACUUCAAUAGGGAUUGGGCAACUUACCGCAACGGAUUUGGUGCCUUUGAUGGUGACUUCUUCUUAGGACUUGAGAAGAUUCAUCGCUUGACGAGCGCCCAGCCCCAUGAGCUCUACAUACAUAUGGAAGGAUUUGAAGGUGUCAUCAAAUACUACAGAUAUGAUCAAUUUUCCAUCGCUGACGAGCACGAUCAAUACAGACUGAUCACCUUGGGAAAAGCCGCGGGCAAUGCAACACAAGAUAACUUUAGUUACCACAGAAAUAUGAAAUUCAGCACAUUCGAUCGUGAUAAUGAUGCUUGGGAUGAUGGCAAUUGCGCAAGUAAAUACAAAUAUUGUGGUGGCUGGUGGUACAACAAAUGUGUAGGAAGCAAUUUAAAUGGCAAAUACUAUAAUUUUAAGCUGGAAGAUAGUGAUGGCAUACAUUGGGAUGGUUUCUUCUCGUUGAAAACAGUCAAAAUGCUUAUACGACCGAAAAGCUAUUGAAAAUUGUAAUAGUUUUAUUUAAAAGCAUAUACAAUUCUUUGAAAUGUACGAAAUGUGACAAACUCCAUUAUUUACUUUUAUAUUAAA